GUGCACGGCACAGUAGCGCACCGCUCCGCGCACCGGGGCCAGGCGCUCCAUGAGCCGCUGCCGCCGUCGCGGGGGUUCUCGGCGCUGCACUCGCUCCCCGCCGCGGAGCCGCCGCGCCGCCGGUGCCGGGAUGUGACUUGCUGCGGGCUGGCGGACAGAGCUGCCCCGCCGCCCUCGGCCGCGGCAGCCAGCGGACAGAAAAAUGAAAACCUACCCAGCCAUUGGUUUCUUCCUCCUCUUCGUGAUCAGCUAUGGCUCAUCUGAAAACUCCAGUACCUCUCGAGGGUGUGGACUGGAUCUUCUCCCUCAGUACGUUUACCUGUGCGACCUGGAUGCCAUCUGGGGGAUAGUCGUCGAGGCGGUUGCGGGGGCAGGUGUGCUGACCACGUUACUGCUGAUGCUGAUUCUGCUGGUGAGGCUGCCCUUCAUCAAGGACAAGGAGAAGAAGAGCCCCCUGGGAAUGCACUUUCUCUUUCUGUUUGGGACUCUGGGACUGUUUGGGCUGACGUUUGCUUUCAUCAUACAGGAAGAUGAAACGGUGUGCUCCACCCGAAGAUUUCUGUGGGGAGUUAUCUUUGCUUUGUGUUUCUCGUGUUUGCUAGCUCAAGCCUGGAGACUUCGUAGACUAGUUCGACAUGGGAAGAGUCCAUCUGGCUGGCAUCUAGCUGGUGUGGCGAUCUGCCUGAUGCUCGUUCAGGUCAUUAUUGCAACUGAGUGGUUAAUACUGACAAUUGUCAGAGAUAACAAGUUGGCCUGCAGCUACGAACCGAUGGAUUUUGCUAUGGCUUUGAUUUAUGUUAUGUUCCUGAUGGUAGUUACCAUGGGAUUUUCUCUUUUCACUCUCUGUGGAAAGUUUAAGAAAUGGAAGAAAAAUGGAGUAUGCCUCAUUAUAACACUUUUUUUUUCCAUUCUGAUUUGGGUAGCCUGGAUGACUAUGUACCUCUUUGGUAAUGCUGAGCUAAAGAGAAGAGACAAAUGGAGUGAUCCCACUCUUGCUAUUGCACUGGUGUCCAGUGGUUGGGUGUUUGUUAUUUUUCAUGCCAUCCCAGAGGUCCACUGUACCAUCCUUCCAUCACAGCAGGAAAACACUCCCAAUUAUUUUGACACUGCACAGCCAAGGAUGCGUGAAACUGCUUUUGAGGAAGAUAUACAGCUUCCUCGGAGCUACAUGGAGAAUAAAGCCUUUUCAAUGGAUGAACAUAAUGCAGCGCUAAGGACGGCAGGAUUUCGGAAUGGCAAUUUGGGAAGCAGACCCAGCGCUCCUUUUAGAAGCAAUGUUUAUCAGCCAACUGAGAUGGCAGUUGUGCUAAAUGGUGGGACUAUACCAACUGCUCCGCCAAGUUACACUGGACGACACCUCUGGUGAAAAGCUGUAGGCUGUAGAGAAUAAGAGUCCUUGUUGCAGAUGUUGUUCCCUGGCAGUGUGUCUUUGAGGGAGGAAUCCAUAACAGUACCAGAACAAAGCAGCGAAACAUCCAGGAGCUUUUGAAAUCCCCCAGAGGAUUUUGUCUAAAUGUGAACACCAUUGAACUGAUAAUUGUGAAAACAGAAUUGUAAAACUGAAGCUGAAUCUAACUUAAGACAGAAGCAGGCACACCUUAAAUUGGAAGAGGAGGAUAUUGUAUUCUGAAAUGGAAGAUAUUCUCUUGUCUGUAACUAGCAUGUGAGGCAAGCCUGGUUUUGCUGGUUGCCAGUUGCUUGCAAAAUACCCUCCUCUCACCUAAACUUAAUGUUGCCACAAGAGAUUGCCACUCCAGUGUGAAAACAUGCAGGAUUUCUUUCCAUUGUGCUCCUUUUCCCUUCAUUUCAAACAUCAUGAGAGGUACCUUGUUUGCUUCAUUUCCUAGCUGCACUGUAGAGUCACGUAGCAUCACGUGUAGCCAAGCAUCCUCACUCUGUGGCAACUAAACAACCAUUACACUGUAGGCUGAUACUCUUUAAAGAGCUGGUGUAGGAAGUGCAGUUCUGGAGGGAUGAAAGGUCUGUGCGCCUUUCGUGUGAGUUAUGGAGUUUCUUGAGGCAGAGAAGCAGCACAGGUCCAGCACAGAGGCAGCACUCCUCAGCUGCCUAGGAUCGAUUCCAGCCUCUCCCCCGGGAGCAAGCCAAGAGCCACGUGCUCUCACAGCUCAAACAGAUGAAGCCAUGGAGUCAAGCUUUGGAGGGAUACACUCUUGAAAAGACUUAGCUGGGGAGAGAACCUGACUUGAGUGUGCCAGGAAUUUGUUGUGGUUGUGGUUUAAAGGUAGUGCCCGAGCCAGAGGGUUCUGUUGGGCUAAUCUUGUCAAGCUGGAGAGGGGUGGCAGCUGAGAAGUGCUGACCACCUUUCAGGAGAAACUCAGCAGGAGAUGGGGUCAAGACCUCCCUUACUAAUCCUUUUUUCAUAUGAGUAGUCCCCUUGACUGCAGUCGUUUGUGCAUUUAAAUGUGGUUGUGCAUUUUAGUGCCUAGCUAGUAGAAUCUCCAUGCUGGAGGUGAUUUGUUGUUGUUUUUUGGGGUUUUAAGGUGGUUUCUUCCCUACUUCUCCCUUUUUUUUUUUUGAGUUGAUGUAAGGCAGACUUUCUCAGAGCUUUUUAUCUUUGUUUUCUCCAAGUUAUUUAAAAGGUUCCCAUUGCCCAUUGUUUGUGCCAUAGUUUUUCAUCAUGUUUAAGCAAUCAUUCCUUUAUUUAACAUUUAAUACAUAUCGGACAUUGAAACCAUCAUUUGUGUCCUCACUGUUUGGCCAAUGUUAACCUUAGUUUCUCCUCGAUACUAAAAGCUAAUUGUUUUUACUUGAGGGCAUAGAAAACAUAAUAACAAUUAAACUUUGCAUAUGCUGUAAUAAUAAUUUAAAAAUAUAUA